CAAACGCCGGCAGGAGAGGAUAUGCCGUUGCGCUCUCGGAUUGAAAAUUGCGUGCGAUUUGUUUGGAAGUGCGGGUAAUUAACGAAACAAUAGAAUUUUAGUCUAGGUGCGUGUUGUUGGAAUCUGUUUCCUAUCGAGGAGGAGUCAUAACUCCCGUGUGCGUAAGGUGUAAGUGAGAUCGAAGUGUGUGUGUGAAAAACUAGUGCAUAGAAGCGUGCGUCGUAGGUGGUGGCGCAAAUAAUGUGCAGCCUCGGAGCCGCUACCAGAGUGCGGCCCGUGGGCAUGGUCACGAUGGCCAAAAGUGGUGAGGGUGGAGGUGAAGGCGGCGGUGCCACUAGAAACCGUCACAGUAGUGCAUCCGCAAAGCAAGUCAGUGUGUUUGUGUUAGCCAUAUAUCUAGUGUUAGUGUGUAAUCUUAACGUGGCCCCAGUGGAGGGCAAACAUCACCAUCAUCACCAGGGUGGUGGUGCAGGCGGUGGUGGGCAGGAGUUCAAAUUCGAUCCAACGAACAGCUUUAUUAGUUUAGUGCUGCCCCACGACACAUAUCCCGGUUACAGUAUCCAGAAGUUCACCGCUAACUUCACCGGUCCAAACUCGCCCUUCUCGUCGAUCUCCUCCUACUCGUCGAAGCCGCUCAACUAUCGGCUGCUGGAGACGGAUUACUCGAAGUACUUUACGGUGCUGGAGGAUGGGUUGGUGAUGACGACGGCGGAUCUGUCACCGCUGGUCAAUCGACCGGUGAAGCUGGUGGUGCUGGAAGAGACACCAAAUUCGACCGCGACCCAUCAGCUGCAGCUGUACGUGAUGAAUCGGAAGGAUAUGCUACACUUCCCGACCAUGCUGACCGACGUGGUGGGUCAGCUGAGCGAAAACAAAGACGCCGGUACGCGUGUGCGCGACAUUCCGCUGCUGCAGGCCAAUUCGGCACGUGGUGCUAAGACGGUCAUCUACAGCAUUAUCGGAGGCAACGAGGGCGAUUCAUUUGCGCUCGAAGAUAGCAGUACCGGUACGAUCGGAUUGACCAUCCGUAUUGAGGAUCCGCGCAAGCACGGUGUUUGGCUGGUGUCGGCCAAACCGCUGGAUCGGGAGCAUCGCGAACAGUACACGAUCGCGAUUGAAGCGACCGACGCUAAACGCAUCAACAAAGCGGAAAUUCAUCUGCCGGUGCACAUUACCGAUGUGAACGAUAACCGGCCAGUGUUCGGUAAGCCAGAUUACCGUUUUACGGUGACGGGCGUUAAGGCGACCACACCGGCCGGCAACGAAACGGUUACCUGGGAACGGUUCACCAGCCUUGGCCGAGUCGAGGCAAAGGAUGCCGACGGAGACAAGGUUGCCUACCGGCUAACGAACCCCAGCAACACGGUCGUGAUCGUGCCGCAAACCGGCGAACUGUUGCUCGCCGGCGAACCGGACGUGUCGGAGCUGUUCGUCGAUGUGGAAGCGCACGAUCUGCGCACGCCGAGCCAGAAGAGUGAAACGCCGGCCCGCGUGCUGAUCGAAUUCGUUGCGCCCGAUCCGUUGCCGGUGAUUGUGCAGCAUAUGGGUCACGAGUAUCAGCAUUCGCACCGGCGUGACAAGCGUCGCGUUACACGGGCGGUCCGUCCGACCAAGCGCAUUGAGUUUACCGAAGCGGACGGCGACACCGAGGGGCGGAACGUGUUUCAGCUCGAGAAGGAAACGGACCGCGAAACGUUCAAGAUACGCGACGAAAACCCGUGGGUUACGGUCGAAACGAAUGGUGCGGUGCGCGUGAAGAAGAAGUGGGACUACGAGGAGCUCGGACCGGAGAAAACGAUCGAUUUCUGGGUGAUCAUCACCAAUCAGGGUCACAACGCUGGCCUAAAAUAUACCGACAAUCAGCGUGUUAUAAUCCACGUGAAGGACGUGAACGAUGAGCCGCCGUACUUUAUCAACCGUCCAUUGCCAAUGCAGGCGGUGGUGCAGCUGAAUGCUCCGCCAAACACUCCCGUGUUCACGCUGCAGGCACGCGAUCCGGACACCGAUCACAACAUACAUUACUUCAUCGUACGUGACCGUACGGGCGGUCGUUUCGAGGUGGACGAACGGUCGGGUGUUGUCCGGACGCGCGGUACGGAUCUGUUCCAGCUGGACAUGGAGUAUGUGCUGUACGUGAAGGCGGAGGAUCAGAACGGUAAGGUGGAUGAUCGGCGGUUCCAGAGCACUCCGGAAGAACGGUUAUCGAUUGUCGGUGGUAAACGUGCGCCUCAAUUCUACAUGCCGAGCUAUGAAGCAGAAAUUCCGGAAAACCAGAAAAAGGACUCCGACAUCAUUUCCGUGAAGGCAAAGUCGUUCGCCGAUCGGGAGAUUCGUUACACGCUGAAAGCUCAGGGCCAGGGUGCGGGAACGUUCAAUAUUGGGCCCACCUCCGGUAUCGUGAAGUUGGCUAAGGAGCUGGAUUUUGAGGAUUUACGACAGCCACACGUUUAUUCGCUGGUCGUUACAGCUACGGAAGAUUCGGGUGGCUUCUCCACAUCAGUAGAGCUUACCAUCCGCGUAACGGACGUAAACGAUAACGCACCAAAGUUUGAAUUGCCUGAUUAUCAAGCACAUAAUGUGGAUGAAGACAUUCCGCUCGGAACGAGCAUCUUGAAGGUGAAAGCAAUGGAUGCUGAUUCCGGUGCAAAUGCGGAGAUCGAGUAUCUCGUGUCCGAUGACCACUUUGCCGUAGAUUCGAACGGUAUCAUCGUGAAUAACAAGCAGUUGGAUGCGGAUAAUAACAAUGCGUACUAUGAAUUUGUCGUAACUGCCAAGGACAAGGGAGAACCGGCCAAGACUGGCACUGCUACCGUGCGCGUGUACACGAAAAACAAGAACGACGAGGAACCCAAGUUCAGCCAGCAGGUCUACACACCGAAUGUGGAUGAAAACGCGGGCCCAAACACGCUCGUGACGACGGUUGUCGCUUCGGACAAGGAUGGCGAUAAUGUGCGGUUCGGGUUCGUGGGCGGCGGUACGAGCAGUGGACAGUUUGUGAUCGAAGAAAUCACUGGUGUCAUCCGGCUGCACAGCAAGGCGAUUUCGCUCGAUCGGGACAAGUAUGAAUUGAAUGUAACAGCUAUGGAUGAUGGGUCGUGCUGCGUCAAUGGAGACGCGACGAUCCAUACAUCUACAGCUGUUGUCGUUGUGUUCAUCACCGAUGUGAACGACAACAAGCCGGUGUUUAAGGAUUGCGGCACCUACUAUCCGAAGGUGGAGGAAGGUGCACCGAACGGUAGCCCCGUCAUUAAGGUGCAGGCCACCGACGAGGAUAAGGGUGUCAAUGGACAGGUGAAGUACUCGAUCGUACAGCAGCCAAAUCAGAAAGGUACCAAAUUCACCGUAGACGAGGAAACGGGCGAAGUUUCCACAAACAAGGUGUUUGAUCGUGAAGGUGACGAUGGCAAAUUUGUGUCUGUCACGGUGAAAGCAACCGAUCAGGGUGAACCCAGCCUAGAAGGUGUUUGUUCAUUUACGGUGGAAAUUACAGACGUGAACGACAACCCACCACUGUUUGAUCGACAGAAAUAUGUCGAAAAUGUGAAACAAGAUGCAAGCAUCGGAACAAACAUCCUGCGUGUGUCCGCUUCCGAUGAGGAUGCAGAUAAUAAUGGUGCCAUCGUGUACACGCUGAGCGCUCCGCAUAGUCCGAACGAUUUAGAGUAUUUCGAAAUUCAGCCGGAAUCCGGCUGGAUCGUACUGAAGAAGCCGCUAGACCGUGAACGGUACCGGCUGAAGGUGUACGCCUCGGAUAGAGGUGACCCACCGUCCACGGCCGACGUGGACGUAGAGCUCGAUGUGGUCGAUCGGAACAAUAAGCCGCCGAUCUGGGAUCGCACUAUAUAUGGCCCAAUUCACAUUAGGGAAAAUGUCACUGUCGGUACGGUAGUCACAUCGGUGAAAGCAAGCUCGGGAAUCGAGGGUAAUCCGACGGUGUUCUAUCGGCUUAUGCCGGGCUCGACCGCACAAACGAACAAGCUGCACACGUUCUAUCUGCAGCAAAGACCGGACAAUGGUGAUACGUGGGCCGACAUCAAGGUGAACCAUCCGCUGGACUUUGAAACGAUCAAAGAGUACAACUUAACCGUUCGUGUUGAGAACAACGGUGCCCAGCAACUUGCAUCGGAAGCGACUGUUUACAUACAAUUAGAGGAUGUAAACGACGAAAUACCGCUGUUUACCGAACGUGAACAGGAAACCGUGCUCGAGGGUGAACCGAUCGGUACAAAAGUGACACAGGUGAAUGCAAUCGAUAAGGACGGUACCUUCCCAAACAAUCAGGUGUACUACUACAUCGUCGAUUCGCCCCGAAACGAGGGUAAGGACUUCUUCGAAAUCAACCUCCAGAGCGGUGAAAUAUUCACCAAAGUUGUGUUCGAUCGUGAGAAGCAGGGUGCCUACGCUCUGGAAGUCGAGGCACGUGAUGGUGCACCAUCCGCCCGGCCUAAUAGCAAUCAGCAACCCAAUUCAGUCACCAAAUUCAUCCGUAUUGGUAUUGCCGACAAGAAUGACAACCCACCGUACUUCGACAAAGCCCUAUACGAGGCGGAAGUUGAUGAAAACGAAGACAUACAGCAUACCGUGCUCACUGUUACCGCCAAGGAUCACGAUGAAUCGUCGCGUAUUCGAUAUGAGAUCACGAGCGGUAACAUAGGCGGUGCCUUCGCCGUCAAGAACAUGACGGGCGCUAUCUACGUCGCCGGCGCCCUAGACUACGAGACGAGGAAACGAUACGAACUACGUCUCGCAGCAUCGGAUAACCUGAAGGAGAACUACACGACCGUCGUGAUUCACGUAAAGGACGUCAACGAUAAUCCGCCCGUUUUCGAGCGGCCAACGUACCGAACGCAGAUUACCGAGGAGGACGAUCGGAACCUACCCAAACGUGUCCUGCAGGUUACGGCUACCGAUGGUGACAAGGAUCGGCCACAGAACAUCGUCUACUUCCUUACCGGUCAGGGUAUCGAUCCGGACAAUCCUGCCAACAGCAAGUUCGACAUCAAUCGAACUACCGGAGAGAUUUUCGUCCUCAAGCCACUGGAUCGAGAUCAACCAAACGGACGACCACAAUGGCGAUUUACAGUGUUCGCCCAGGAUGAAGGUGGCGAAGGUUUGGUCGGAUACGCGGACGUACAGGUGAACCUAAAGGACAUCAACGACAAUGCGCCGAUUUUCCCGCAGGGUGUCUAUUUCGGCAAUGUGACCGAGAACGGUACUGCUGGCAUGGUUGUAAUGACCAUGACGGCCGUUGACUACGAUGACCCGAACGAAGGUACGAAUGCAAAGUUGAUAUAUUCGAUCGAAAAGAACGUGAUAGAAGAGGAAACAGGCUCACCGAUAUUCGAGAUAGAGGCGGACACGGGCGUUAUCAAGACGGCAGUUUGCUGUCUCGACCGCGAGCGCACACCGGACUACUCUAUACAGGUGGUAGCGAUGGAUGGCGGGGGGUUAAAAGGGACUGGGACGGCCUCUAUACGCGUCAAAGAUAUAAACGAUAUGCCGCCCCAGUUCACCAAGGACGAAUGGUUCACGGAAGUGGACGAAACGGAUGGUACAAACCUACCGGAGAUGCCCAUCCUCACCGUCACCGUGCACGAUGAGGACGAAACGAACAAGUUCCAGUACAAGGUAAUCGACAACAGUGGGUACGGUGCAGACAAGUUUACCAUGGUGCGCAACAACGACGGUACCGGCAGUUUGAAGAUUGUGCAACCGCUGGACUACGAGGAUCCGCUGCAAAGCAAUGGCUUCCGGUUCCGCAUCCAAGUGAACGACAAAGGCGAAGAUAAUGACAACGAUAAGUAUCACGUAGCGUAUUCAUGGGUAGUCGUGAAGUUGCGUGACAUCAACGAUAACAAGCCACAGUUCGAGCGGCCCAACAUCGAGGUUUCGGUUUACGAGAACGCGGAUGUAGGCAAAACGCUUGAAACAUUCAAGGCAACCGAUCCGGAUCAGGGUGGCAAGAGCAAGGUGUCGUACGCAAUCGAUCGUUCGUCCGAUCGGCAACGGCAGUUCUCCAUCAACCAGGAGGGUACGGUUACGAUUCAACGAAACCUAGACCGUGAGGUAACGCCCCGUCAUCAGGUGAAGAUACUGGCCAUCGAUGAUGGAAUACCGCCGAAAACUGCCACAGCCACGCUGACGGUAAUUGUGCAGGAUAUCAACGAUAAUCCACCCAAGUUCCUAAAAGACUAUCGACCGGUGCUGCCGGAACAUGUGCCACCGCGCAAGGUAGUCGAAAUUUUGGCAACCGACGAUGACGACCGAUCGAAGAGCAACGGACCACCGUUCCAGUUCCGGCUGGACCCGGGCGCGGACGACAUCAUCCGUGCCUCGUUCAAGGUGGAGCAGGACCAGAAGGGUGCUAACGGUGAUGGUAUGGCGAUCGUGUCCUCCCUCCGCUCGUUCGAUCGUGAGCAGCAGAAAGAAUAUUUGAUUCCAAUCGUAAUCAAAGACCACGGUAAUCCUGCGAUGACGGGCACAAGCACACUAACGGUAGUGAUAGGCGACGUCAACGACAAUAAGAUGCAGCCUGGCUCGAAGGACAUAUUCGUGUACAACUACCUCGGCCAGGCGCCCGACACGCAGAUAGGCCGGGUGUACGUGUACGAUCUGGACGACUGGGAUCUGCCGGACAAGAAAUUCCACUGGGAAUCGCAGGAGCAUCCACGCUUUAAACUGGACGAGGAUACGGGCAUGAUAACGAUGCGACAGGGAACGCGCGAUGGACGGUACCAUUUAAGGUUCAAGGUGUACGAUCGAAAGCACACGCAAGCAGAUGUCCCAGCGAACGUGACCGUAACUGUGCGCGAGAUACCACACGAUGCCGUUAUCAACAGUGGCUCAAUACGGAUAGCAGGCAUUACGGACGAAGACUUUAUACGUGUGUGGAACUAUCGGACGCAGAGUCUGUCACGUAGCAAGGCCGACCGGUUUAAGGACAAGCUAGCCGAUUUGCUCAACAUCGACCGGGAGAAUGUGGACGUUUUCAGUGUGCAGCUCAGACGUAAGCAUCCCCCUCUAACGGACGUACGCUUCUCUGCCCAUGGAUCACCGUACUACAAACCGGUAAGACUAAACGGCAUUGUACUGAUGCAUCGCGAAGAAAUCGAAAAGGAUGUCGGUGUGAACAUCACAAUGGUCGGUAUCGACGAGUGUCUGUACGAGAAUCAAAUGUGCGAAGGUUCCUGCACAAAUACGCUCGACAUUAGCUCACUGCCGUACAUGGUAAAUGCAAACAAAACGUCGUUGGUGGGUGUCCGCGUAGACGUGAUUGCCGAAUGUACCUGCGGCGCUAGAAACUUCAGCAAGGCUGAGUCCUGCCGUUCGUCACCCUGUCACAACGGUGGUCGCUGUAUGGAAACACGGUACGGGUUGAGUUGUUCGUGUCCAACCGGAUACACUGGGCCACGGUGUCAGCAGACGACGCGCAGCUUCCGCGGCAAUGGUUGGGCCUGGUAUCCACCGCUAGCAAUGUGUGACGAUUCCCAUCUUAGCUUUGAGUUUAUCACACGCAAAUCUGAUGGGCUUCUGUUGUACAACGGACCGAUCGUACCACCGGAGCGUGACGAGCUGCUAGUGUCGGACUUCAUUUCCGUCGAGCUGGAGAGAGGCUUCCCAAGACUGCUGAUUGACUUUGGUUCCGGCACGCUGGAGCUGCGUGUGAAAACGAAGAAAAGUUUGGACGAUGGUGAAUGGCACCGGCUGGACAUCUUCUGGGACACGGAGAACGUACGCAUGGUGGUGGAUUACUGCAAGUCUGCCGAAGUCGCUGAGAUGGAGGAUGGUUCACCGCCAGAGUUUGACGAUUCGUCGUGUCAGGCUCGGGGUACAAUUCCACCCUUCAACGAGUAUUUGAACGUGAAUGCACCGCUGCAGAUCGGCGGGUUCUAUCGUGAGCAGUUCGAUCCGACACAUUACCGCUGGAACUAUAUGCCGAUGGGCAAGGGUUUCGAUGGGUGCAUUAAGAAUCUGGUGCACAAUAGCAAACUUUAUGAUCUGGCGCAUCCGGGAUUGUCGCGAAACAGUGUGGCCGGUUGCCCGCAAACGGAGGAAGUGUGCAGUCAGAGCGAGCAAACGUCCCGCUGCUGGGAGCAUGGCAACUGUGUGGGCAGCUUCACCGAGGCACGCUGUCAGUGUCGGCCGGGUUGGACUGGUCCGGCUUGUAACAUUCCCACCAUACCGACCACUUUUAAGCAGCAGAGCUACGUCAAGUACGCACUGUCGUUCGAACCGGAUCGCUUCAGCACACAGAUACAAUUGCGGUUCCGUACACGUGAGCAGCACGGUGAGCUGUUCCGUGUGAGCGAUCAGCACAACCGUGAGUACGGCAUUCUCGAGAUUAAGGACGCACGUCUACGGUUCCGCUACAAUCUUAACUCGCUGCGUACGGAGGAGAAGGAUAUCUGGUUGAAUGCGAUUGCCGUGGACGACGGUCAGUGGCAUGUGGUGCGAGUGAACCGCCAUGGAUCGGCCGCCACGCUGGAGCUGGAUGGUGGUGAGGGUCGCCGAUACAACGAAACGUUCACCUUCGAUGGGCACCAGUGGUUGCUGGUUGAUAAGCAGGAAGGUGUAUAUGCGGGUGGUAAAGCUGAGUAUACCGGUGUCCGCACAUUCGAGGUGUACGCUGACUAUCAAAAAAGCUGUUUGGAUGAUAUCAGACUGGAGGGCAAACAUCUUCCGCUGCCACCGGCCAUGAACGGUACGCAAUGGGGUCAGGCAACGAUGGCUCGCAACCUCGAGCGCAACUGUCCAUCGAACAAACCGUGCGCCAACGUGAUCUGUCCGGAUCCGUUCGAGUGUGUCGAUUUGUGGAACGAAUACGAGUGCACCUGCGGUGAAGGGCGCGUCAUGUCACCGGACGGUAAGGGCUGCAUGGAUCGAAACGAGUGUCUCGAUCUGCCGUGCCUGAACGGUGGCAUCUGCGUGAAUCAGGAGCCACGGUUGCGUUACCGGUGCGACUGCCCGGACGGAUUCUGGGGCGAAAACUGCGAACUCAUCCAGGAGGGCCAGACGCUCAAGCUGAGCAUGGGUGCCCUGGCGGCCAUUCUUGUGUGUCUGCUAAUUAUAUUGAUCCUGGUGCUGGUGUUCGUGGUGUACAACCGAAGGCGAGAGUCGCACAUCAAAUAUCCGGGCCCGGAUGAUGACGUGCGGGAGAAUAUCAUCAACUACGACGAUGAAGGGGGCGGUGAGGAUGAUAUGACCGCGUACGACAUUACGCCACUGCAAAUCCCGAUCGGGCCGAUGCCGGAGUUGACGCAGUGCAAGAUGCCACCGUUGAUGUAUCCGGUCAUGACGAUGGGACCGGGACACGAACCUAACGUUGGCAUGUUUAUCGAGGAGCACAAGAAGCGGGCCGACAGUGACCCUAAUGCGCCACCCUUCGAUGAUCUGCGCAACUAUGCUUACGAAGGUGGUGGCAGUACGGCUGGAUCGCUUAGUUCACUACAGUCAGGCACGGAUGACGAGGUGCAGGAAUUCGACUAUUUGGAUGCCUGGGGUCCUCGGUUCGACAAGCUGGCCAACAUGUACGGCGAUCAUCAUCCGACUGAGCUUGAUGAUUUAAAUUAAAUCCUAGCUCGCUCGAUCGAUACCACCGUGGAUGGGCGCGUGUCUCCUUCGACCGUACGUAUGAAGGUGUACGUGGG